UGUCAUUGCAACAUGCCUGUGAAUCCGACGUCGAUUCGGGCGCUUCUUGCCGUGAAUGCGGGCCUCAUCUACGCCAGUGGACUCUUUGUGUACAUGGGAUCGGCAGCCCUCGACAGCAUAUCGCGAGCCGUGUCCGCUGGCACGAUUCUCCCUGACUCCGCAGUGUUCAUCGUUGUUGUGGGUGUGUUGGGCAUGUUCUCAGGGGUGUAUGGUGCUUACACUACAAACCACCGAUCCGAAACGCACUUGAGUCGUGUGGCCAAAGCCAUGGCGUUGGUUUCAUUGCUGUUUCUGACCAGCUUUGCCUUGAGUUUGGUAAUGUACCUACAAUCGAAGCGGUGGUUGAGAGUCUACCCAUACAACUCGUACAGCUCGUUUAUGCCAGAGUCCCGAGUCGCGUAUGAGACAGCGUUUAGCGGCCUCGUGUGUCCCAUUACGCUUGGGUUUGCCUGUCACGGCCAACCCAUGGCCGUCCAAAUGGAGAGUAGCGAAGGCUACUAUUCAGUCCAAAGAAUCCUCAUGCCAUCGACGCCUUCUGAAAAGUGGACCCAGUACUCGUACAAACCGCACGGAUGGUAUGGUGUGAACGAGUCCGUGGCGUCGGCUUUGACGAUGGUGCCGCGAAACUCGGGCCGGUUCAUCGACUUGUGCUCAAACGUCACAGGCCGCAUGGAGGCGCUAGGACCGGCCAAAACUUUGGCCGCCGAACUCAAACGAGCGUGCCGCGUGUGCGCGUCGGUCGCCCCCGUAAACGAACUGCCUUCGUGGAUGGAUACGUAUCCGCGAGAUUACAACAAGCGAUAUAUGGACAUUUAUGCAUUUGUGUCGCCCGCGUGGACGAAGGAAUGCAUGCAACGACUCGACUGGGGCGCCAUGCUGGGUGGUGGCUAUUCUAGAUAUUCGACCACGUACAACUUGUACGGCUCCAGUUCGGUCCCCCUGUCGUCCGUGUUUUUGUCCAAAUGGUCCAGCUUCGCAUUGGCCAUAUGCGUGAGCAGUGGAUUUCUCGGUGUCGUAAGCGCGUUGUUGGCGUACGAAGCCCAGCGAACCGUCAAGGAGUUGCCGCCAGCCAGUCGACCGAAUUGAUGGAAAUCUUUAGUAUGUCGAAAAUAUAAGUCUUGCGGAAUCGAGUUGAAAUGGUG